AUGGAUUCCAACGGCUCCUAUACCCGCUCCUUCGACGAAUCCUUGAUUCGCGAAUUACCCCAGCUUCAGUCUCUCCGCAUUGCUCCCCUCCGUCAGCCGGUGUCUCGCCUCUUGGCUGUGCCCUCCCCGCUCGAACCCAAUGCCAGUCACGUCCGGGAACCUUCCAGUAACAACAAUUCCGGCAUCCUCCCUGCCCGCAAUGACUCGGCCCAAUCUGGAGCCUCCGAAGGGGCGGCUGCUCCCCGACCGCAGAAGUCGGAUGCCCCUGCGGAGUCCCUCCCCAGCCUGGAAGCGCCUCCCCGGCCAAUUCUCCCGGCUUUUGUCAAUCUCCGCGCUCUAGAACGAUACCCCUACUCCUCGUUUGAUGAUGACACCCUUCACUUCCGCAAGCGCAGGCGUUUAGGCGGUCAGGCGGAAACGUUUAGUGAACACCUGCAGUUGCCUAUUCCUCAGGCACAAAAGGAGCAGCGUCCGCCGCCCUUCGGCCCUUUUGCUAUUCUCAAUGGUCUCAACGAGCCGCCUCCGAAUGCGGCCUUGCUUCCUCCAAUUGAACCCGGCUCGAUCACACAGCUACUGACCAAACCGUCCCGAGGCAGCGAGGCUGUGGAGCCGGGCUUACUCACUGCUAAUGCUGCAGAUAGCCAGAUUGCGGAGCGACGAGAAGGUCGCAUCGAGGAGAUUCUUGAUUCUCCGGUCGACAAAACGGCCGACGGCGAUGCGAGCGAUCUCGCCAGCGGACUGCUGGACGAUGUUGCUACAGCGGAACGAACACGAACUGAAAAGACAGACACCGAGACUGACAAUAAAGAUGCCUCCGCGGAGGACAAUACCGAGCCGCUGUCGCCUAAAACGCGGGGGCGGUCCCGCAAGAACCUUCGUAAGUGGACCGAGGAAGAGACGACUGCUCUGCUGCGCGGGGUGGUCAAGUGCGGCAUCGGCAACUGGACGGCGAUUCUGGCCCAGCCGGAGUUGAAGUUCAACAAGCGUAGCGCAUCCAAUCUGAAAGAUAGGUUUCGUGUGUGUUGCCCCUGGGCAUAUCGGGCCGCGGAUCCCAAUGAAGCCACCAAGCAGCUGCAUGACACGCUCGCGAACGCCCUUUCGCGAGCCGAAACCGAAGGGACCGACGGACAAGCGGGGAAGAUCCAUCUCCCACACCCGCGGGGGGCUAAUACGGAGGCCAGUGGCGCUGCGGCGAAUGAGGCCAGCAGUUCCAAGGACGCUGAUUCGAAAGGCAGCAAGGCUAAGAACAGCACCUUGUCUAAGACUACCCCUACGCUCUCUAGUAGAUCCAAAACCACGCUGGCGUCCCUGGGCAUCCCCGAGCCGCACUUUACGAUGAAGUCGCGGCGUCGCUCACGCCGCCCGUUUACCGUGGUCGAGGACGAAGCGCUGCUGAAAGGCUAUGCCGUGCAUGGCUUCCAGUGGACGCUGAUCCAGCAGGACAAGCGAUUGAAUCUGAGCCAUCGCCGGGCCACGGAUCUGCGAGACCGAUUUCGGACCAAAUUCCCGCACGCCUACCGGGACGGCGGGUCCGUGAGCGGACGAUUACCAGGGGGCAAUCCUGACCCUGGAAAGCAGCAUGCUGCACGGGGAUCUGCUCGCGGGCAGGCGGAGAGCGGCAAUGCGCGCGGGCCAAUUGAUCCAGCGCUGUCGCCUCCAGCCCCGCCGCAGGGACUCCACGAGAGCACGAGCAGUGCGGGGGUAUUUUCGUUUGCGAUGGACGAGAAUUCGGGGGUGGAUGCGACGUGGGCAGAUAAUACGUUGGCGCCGAUGUGGGAUGAGCUUGCAUAG